AUGUAUGAAGAUAAUGAAAAUCAGUUUGAUCAUAAAUAUGGGGUACGAUUUAAACCUGCACUAGAAAAAUUUUACAUUGUAGAUUCUCAAUUAAUAAUAGAUGGUUCAGAUAUUGUGGUUAAAAAUAAAAAAUACAAAGGAACUCGUGGACUGUAUGAAUUACUCUUUAAAAAGGAACCGAAAGAAUUUACAGAAGAGGAUGAAAAAAUUUCAUACGAAGAAUCUGAUGAGUUAGACGGUUUAAAGUCACAGACUCCUUGUAUUGUAAAGAUAGGUCAGCGAGAAACCAAUAAUAUAGACCAUCCUGCAAACCUAGACUCUCUUAGUAACGAAAUUAGCAAUAAAAGCAUCGGUUUAAGUCCAAACAUUGUGACUUUGAAGAACGCAGGUAAAUUUACAAUAUGGCAAAAUGGGAACUUUAUAAAACAAUAUAAAAUAAUUAAUGGAGCGCUAAUAUCCGCAGAUCAAGAUGAAAGUUGCCGUGUCGUUCCUCUAAGUAAUCAAUAUGAGAGUUACACUUGUGCAGAUGAUCCGAAAAGCAGAAUACCAGAAAAUAAUGUAGUAAGAAAUCUAUUUAAUUCAAUUCCAAGCUCCAUAAAUAGCACAGCUUUAAUAGAAAACAAUUUAUCAAGCAGCAGCAAUCCUAAUACUAACGAAAUAAUGGCUGCAAUGCUUGAUGACCCUGUUAUAAAUAACCAUAGCUCAAGCUCUAUAAAUAUUACGGCUUUGACAAAAAAUAAUUUACCCUGCUAUAAGUAUCCAUACGAAGAAGAGGCUGCAAAGGUUAACAGUCCUGAGAGAACGUCCACACAUUUAGAUCCUACAACGUCAAAAAAUCAGAGGCAUUCAGUUCAGAUCACUCGGAAUAUUUUCCUGAUCCAGUACCUUCCUGAUCCAGUACCUUCCACCUUACAAAUACGAAGUGAUAGCGAAGAUAGCUGCAGCGAUGACGAGAUACCAACAAUUAAGAAAAAAAAGAAUUGGAUUAAAGUUAAACGUUUUACAGAUCUAUGCUAUUUCUGCGAAACAGAAGUACUGAAUUUUUCCAGACAUAUAGUCCGAAAUCAUUCACAAGAAUGUGAGGUACAAAGAAUGCUGAGUUUAAAACCAAAAAGCCUGCAGAGAAGAAGAUUAAUUGAGACAAUAAGAAAAAGGGGUAACCACUUAAGAAAUUUAAGCUCCUGUGUUAAACCAGUCAAAAAAAGUCACGUGCCCGGCCGAGAUGCAGCUGACUGUAUACCAUGUAAACAUUGUUUGGGCUAUUUUAGACCAGGACAGUUAUGGCGUCAUGUUAAACGUUGUCCACUUAAUCCAGGAGACAAGACAAAAUAUUCUCAUAAGACAGAUGCUCAAGACUUGCUAGUUAAGCAUUAUGCCAUAGAUCAAAGACUUAAAGAAAUUGUUUUUCCAACCAUGCGCCCUGACAAAGUCUCACUUGUGGCUAAACAAGAUACAUUAAUUUGUGGCUAUGGGGCACAGUACCUUACAAGUCAUAGAGAAAAGCAUCACGUAAAUGUGUGUUCUCGUAAAAUGCGUGAACUUGCAAAGAUUUUAGUGGAACUUCGAAAGUUACAUCCAACUAUAAAAAAUUUAUUUGAUGCUUUGCAACCAAUUUAUUUUGAUUCAUUUGUCAUUGCAACUAAAAUUGUGUCAGGAUAUGACGCCACUAAUGAGGAGUAUAAAUCUUCGACAUUUGACAUAAACAUAUCGACGUCGUUAAAAGAAUGUUGUAGCCUGGCUAUCAGACUUGUGUUAAAAAAAAGAAAGAUUAAUUCAACUGUAAACACUGCUGAAAUGGAAGCAAAUUUUAAUACUUUUCAACAGCUUCUUAAAGAUUCGUGGAAAUUUGAAGUUUCUUCUAUUGCAGCUGCGUGUCUAAAUACUAAGAAGUGGAACAAAAUAACAAUUGUGCCAUUGGCGAGCGAUUUACGAUUAUUUAGAAACUACCUUUUGAAAAAGGCUAGCCAAGCGCAGCAAGAGCUUAAAUUAAACCCAAAUAAUGAAAAGGCCUAUAAACUUCUUUUGGAGGUAGUGUACUGUAGGUCAAUGUUGUUAAACAGAAAACGUGGUGGGGAGUUGCAACGCAAUAACGCCUACAGAAAAAAUUUUGGUUAA